UCUCAAACCUAAUCCAAACAGACCACCUACAAAUAUCAAUCGGUUCGUUGUUGUUUGGACCACCACUGGCCAAUCUAUUAUCCAUAUACACCACUCUCUCAUGGAGGAGGAGCAGAGCCUCUUCCUACCACUCUUAUCUACCACCUCCUCCUCCUCCUCCUCCUUCUCCUCCUCCUCCAUCGUUAGCAUUACAGCCACCACCACAUCCCCUUGCUAUGAAGCUGAUCAAGAAACUCCUCAUGAUUGCGACGUAUUCUUGCCCGGAUUUGGUAUCAUUUUGCGUCUGCUUGUGAUCAUCUUUGUCGGAGCGGUCGCGGUUUGGGCAAACCACGAAGCGUCAAAAGGAUUCGACAUAACCAUAGUCAUCGACGCAAAAGACUCUCCAGCGGGCCGAUAUUUCGACCUCUUUUACAUAGCAACCGAUGCAAUCACACGGGUACUUCUGAAUGCUAUUUCGUUCGUGGAAAACAUCCUCUAUCCACCACAUUCGACUUCCCAAUCCAAGAAGCAAGUGCGUCAUGUCACUCUCCGUCUGGCCGGAAAGAACCUGACAGACACAGUAGCCGUUGAUAAAAGCAGGCGCAACGAGUUCGUUGUUAAUCUAAGUCCAUCCAUAGUAGGAGAGGCGGACAUUAGUACUAGUGUCAAACACGCGAUGCUGCGUGCCAUGGCUCGGGUAUGGCUGUGGGAUGGUGAAUCUCGUGCUCCACCGCGGCUUCUUCUAGAGUGCAUGGUAGAGUGCAUAUGUGGGAUGGCAGGGUUUGGUACUGUUGAUGAUGAUGAUCAGAGGUGGAGAUCUGGCAGGUUUUUUUUGGAAGGGAUGGAGGAUAUCCAAAGGUUGAAUGUGGCUCUGAGAAAGGAGUGGGGUAGUGGGGACAAUCGGAGGUAUAGGAACGUGCACUUUACAUGAGCUUUGUUUCAAAUGAAGCAUUUUAGCUGGCUUUGGGGCAUAAUUUGUGGUUGGUCACAUGGGUUUGUGGGGUUGAGAUUUGGAGGAAUCAAAUGGACAUUUAUGU